GGCAUCGCUAGGGGUGAAUCCAUCCCUAGAAGGGUGGAAUACCCCCGAGCCAGGGUGGGUUCUGGCAGUGCCUGCAGGCAGGAGCCCAACAGCAGCAUCCCUGUGAUCAAGGGGCCUUGGGGUGACCUUUGGGGAGUGGGGCGUCCCCUCGGUGCUCUGGGAUCCCGACACCGUCAUUCCCAGCAGCACUAAUCCAGACGCCCCCAUCCCACGGGGAAGGACACCAGAUUACCCCCGCAGGAAGCAGGGACGUGAAUAAUCCUAUUACCCGGAGCAGGAUAAAGCUGCCCUCCCCUAAAAGCCCCCCCAGAGCUCUGCAGGGGGUGAGCUGGAGGACGGAGGGGCCCUGUGGAGCAGCGCUGGCCUCGAGGACCGCGGCGGCCAAGUGUGAGGAGCCGUCCAGCGCCAGACCCACAGCGACCGCAGCACAGCCAUGAGCCUGGAGCCCCCCAAGGUGGAGGUGAAGUCAGUCACGAGGGUGACGGGGGGACCCGCCACCCCCCGGAAGGGACCCCCCAAAUUCAAACAGAGGCAGACGAGGCAGUUCAAAAGCAAGCCCCCCAAGAAGGGGGUGCAGGGGUUCGGCGACGACAUCCCGGGCAUGGAGGGGCUGGGAACAGAUAUCACCGUCAUCUGUCCCUGGGAAGCAUUCAGUCAUCUGGAGCUGCACGAGCUGGCGCAGUACGGCAUCAUCUAGGGAGGCUGCGGCCACCGCUGCCCUCCCACCCUUUAGUGCUGUGUAGGUAGAGCCUGCCCCGUCCUUAUGGCGGGGGUCAGCCUGGAGAAAUGCUCAUUAAAACCCAAAAGGAGCGCGGGGA